AUGUCUGCAAAACAUCUUAUAACUAAAUCUGAUUACAAAAAAUUUCUUUCUGAAUUUGAUACAUUUCUUUUCGAUUGUGAUGGUGUUUUAUGGAAAGGUACAAAGUUAUUGCCAAAUGUUCAACAAACAUUAAACUUUAUACGAUUAAAAGGAAAAAGUAUCGCAUUUGUCACAAAUAAUUCAUCAAAUCCAAGAGAGGAAUAUCAAAAAAAAUUUAUGGAAUUAGGACUUGAUGUAAAAUUAGAUGAAAUAUUUAAUUCAUCAUAUUCUGCAGCUCUGUAUUUAAAAAAUGUUGUCAAAUUUCCUAAGGAGAAGAAAAUUUACAUUAUUGGAGAAGAAGGUCUUGAAAAGGAAUUAGAUAGACAAGGAAUAAAAUAUAUAGGAGGAACUGAUCCUUCUGAAAGAAGAGAUAUAAAAACAGAAGAUUUUGAAGAUCUCAAUUUAGAUCCAUCAGUUGGGGCAGUUUUAUGUGGCCUUGAUUUACAUAUAAAUUAUCUAAAAUAUUCUAAAGCUCUUGGAUAUCUUCAAAACGAAAAUGUAUUAUUUCUUAUAACUAACUCUGAUUCUACAUAUCCUGCUUCCGGAGGAUUAUUCCCUGGAGCAGGAUCAUGCUCAGCUCCUCUCUUAAAUGCAUCAGGAAGAGAGGCAAUAUUCCUAGGGAAGCCGAAUCCAGAAAUGCUUCAAGCAAUUGAAUCUAAAUUUAAAUUUGACAAGUCUAAAACAUGUUUUAUUGGAGAUAGGAUUGACACAGAUAUAUUAUUUGCAAAAAAUUCAGGUAUUAAAAGCUGUUUAGUACUUACAGGGAUAAGCAAAGAUGUUAUAUUAAAAAACACAUCGAAUAUUAUGCCCGAUUAUUAUAUGGAAAUGUUGGGUAAUCUUCUUAAUGCUGAUGAUAUAUAA